ACACGAGAGACCGUCUCUCCGUCCUUUGUGUAAAGAAUAAAUUCAUAUUAUUAUUAGCGUCUGUCAGAGUCUGUAAGUUGAAGUGAGCUAAAGUGUGUAAGUCCGUUACUGAAAUAUAUUGCAAGUGAUUGUGUUGAUUUCACUAGAAAAUCUUUAUCAAACAUAGACAAUGGCUUCCGAAGAUGAAAAUGAUGAAACUGUCCAAGAAGAGGAGGAGGCCGCUGAUGAUACUGCACAACAAGCUGAACUAUCCAAUGAUUCAGACGCACCAUUGAAACCAAAUAAUGAUGAGGAUGAUGAUUAUGAUCCCGAAGAUACCCGCAAAAAGAAGAAGGGUAAAAAACGCAAGACAAAAAAAGGCGAGGAGAAGGGACGUAAGAAAAAGAAGCGUAAGAAGAAUGAGAGUGAAGAGGAAAGCGAUUUUAUGCAACAUGAUGAUGAUGCAGAAUAUGCAAACACAUCUUCGUCCUCGAAGCGUGGACGAAAACGUAAGGAAGCCGAGAAAUCCAGCAAAGAAAAAGAAUCUUCUUCAUCUGGAAUGCCUUCUGUAGAAGACGUUUGCUCAGCCUUCAAUGUCACUGACGUCGAUAUAGAAUAUACCGAUGCUGAAUUGCAAACUUUAACAACUUACAAAGCUUUCACCCAACAUGUAAGGCCGAUCCUUCAAAAGGAAAAUUCUAAAGUUCCCGCACCUAAGCUUAUGAUGCUGGUGGCAGCAAAAUGGCGUGAAUUUUGCGAUGCUCAUCCCCAGUUGCAAACUGAUCAACCUCGCAGUGAAGAAGCUGAUGAGCCUAGAUCUUCAAGGUCAUCGCGAAAUGAAAAGCCUGAUGACUUGUAUGAAGAGGAGGAGGAAGAGGAAGAAGAGGAGGAGGAAAAGGAAUCUUCCUCAAGUGGCCGUCGUAAACGUGGUGGCCGGGGACGCGGUAAAAAAGGACGUCGUUCUGGAAAAGUUCCCACAUUAAAAAUUAAAUUUGGCAAACGCAAACGUGGUAGUUCUGAUGAAGACCAAGAUGCUUCAGGAGCCUCCGAAAGAGAUUCCGAUUUGGAAUUUGAGAAAAUGUUGCAGAAAUCCGAUGACAGUGCCGAUGAUAUACCUAAUACAUCUUCGGCUGCCGUAUCUACAACAGCGGCCGGAUCAACGGCGGAUGGUCAAGCGGCCAACAAUGAUGAUGGCACUCCUGUGGUAAAGAAAAAGGCCAAGGUUAAGAUCGGCAAUAAGUUCAAAAAGAAGAAGAAGCUUAAAACCACAUCUCGCUUUCCCGAUGGUGAGGAGGGUGAACACGAGCACCAGGAUUAUUGCGAAGUUUGCCAGCAGGGUGGUGAGAUUAUUCUUUGUGAUACGUGUCCCCGCGCCUAUCAUUUGGUUUGUUUGGAACCAGAAUUGGAAGAACCACCGGAAGGCAAAUGGUCCUGUCCUCACUGUGAAGCCGAUGGUGGUGCCGCCGAAGAAGACGACGAUGAUGAACAUCAAGAAUUUUGCCGAGUAUGCAAAGAUGGAGGCGAGCUCUUGUGCUGUGACUCAUGUCCAUCGGCAUACCAUACAUUCUGUUUGAAUCCUCCUUUGGACACCAUUCCAGAUGGCGAUUGGAGAUGUCCACGCUGCAGUUGUCCCCCGCUAAAAGGCAAGGCGGAAAAGAUAAUCACCUGGAGAUGGACCGAACAACAGGAAGCUUCAACUUCAAAGAAGCCCAAAGCGACACGAUCACGAGAAUAUUUUGUGAAAUGGCACAACAUGUCUUAUUGGCAUUGUGAAUGGGUACCAGAAAUUCAAAUGGAAGUUCACCACCCCCUUAUGAUUAGAUCUUUCUCACGUAAAUACGAUAUGGAAGAGCCUCCUAAAUUUGAAGAAACCCUAGACGAAGCCGAUUCGCGUUAUGUGCGCAUACAAAGACACAAGGCUAAAGGCGGUAUCCAGGUCGAGGACGAGGAUGAGCAAUACAAAAAGGAUUUAGAGGAACGAUUUUAUAACAACGGUGUAAAGCCUGAAUGGUUGAUUGUGCAGCGCGUGAUCAACCACCGUACAGCUAGGGAUGGCACUACCAUGUUUUUGGUAAAAUGGCGUGAUUUACCCUACGAUAAAUCUACAUGGGAAGACGAGUCUGAUGAUAUACCUGGCAUUAAACCAGCUAUCGAUUAUUACUUAGAUUUGAGGGCCAUGUGUACUUCGGAGCAGCGUCUUAACAAAAAGAAGAAAGGGCGCAAGAGUAAAGCCAAAGAUUUGGAAGAUGAAGAUCGUCAGGUGAGACAUUUCACGCCACCACCGGAGAAACCCACCACCGAUUUAAAAAAGAAGUACGAAGGUCAGCCACAAUUUUUGGACACGACAGGCAUGCAACUGCAUCCUUAUCAAAUAGAGGGUAUCAACUGGUUACGUUACUCAUGGAGUAAUGGAGUGGAUACCAUAUUGGCCGAUGAAAUGGGUUUGGGUAAAACCAUUCAAACCGUAACGUUUUUAUACUCUCUUUAUAAAGAAGGUCAUUGCAAGGGUCCCUUCCUGGUAGCCGUACCCCUCUCAACUAUUAUCAACUGGGAAAGAGAGUUUGAGCUUUGGGCUCCGGAUUUCUAUUGUAUUACCUAUGUGGGUGACAAGGACUCCCGUGCUGUCAUCCGGGAGAAUGAAUUGUCCUUCGAAGAAGGUGCCAUACGAGGGAGCAAGGUUUCCCGAUUGAGAACCAAUCAAUACAAGUUCAAUGUUUUGCUUACAAGCUACGAAUUGAUAUCCAUGGACGCUGCAUGUUUGGGCUCAAUCGAUUGGGCAGUGUUGGUUGUGGACGAGGCUCACCGUCUGAAAUCCAAUCAGAGUAAAUUCUUCCGAAUUUUAAAUUCCUAUAACAUUAGCUAUAAGCUGUUGCUGACCGGCACUCCAUUGCAAAAUAAUUUAGAAGAACUUUUCCAUUUGCUCAACUUUUUAUCGGGGGAUAAGUUUAACGACUUGACUGCUUUCCAGAAUGAAUUCGCUGACGUUUCCAAGGAGGAACAAGUCAAACGUUUGCACGAAAUGCUUGGGCCACACAUGCUGCGUCGCCUCAAAGCUGAUGUUUUGAAGAAUAUGCCCUCCAAAUCCGAAUUCAUUGUACGCGUUGAGCUUUCGGCUUUGCAGAAAAAGUUUUACAAGUUUAUUUUAACCAAAAACUAUGAAGCUCUUAACUCGAAGAGCGGAGGAAACUCUUGUUCCCUAGUGAAUGUUAUGAUGGAUCUGAAAAAGUGUUGUAAUCAUCCAUAUUUAUUCCCCUCAGCAGCCGAAGAAGCUACUACCACCACGGGUGGGUUGUACGAGAUACAAUCCCUUACCAAGGCUGCCGGCAAGUUGGUAUUGCUUUCAAAAAUGUUGAAACAGUUGAAGGAUCAAGGACAUCGUGUUUUGAUUUUCUCCCAAAUGACAAAAAUGUUGGAUAUCUUGGAAGAUUUUCUUGAAGGCGAGGGCUAUAAGUACGAACGUAUUGAUGGUAGCAUCACCGGUAAUUUGAGACAGGAAGCCAUCGAUCGUUUUAAUGCUCCAGGAGCCCAGCAAUUUGUAUUUUUGCUAAGUACACGCGCCGGUGGCUUGGGUAUUAACUUAGCGACUGCGGAUACCGUUAUCAUUUACGAUUCUGAUUGGAAUCCCCAUAACGAUAUACAGGCGUUUUCCAGAGCCCAUCGUAUCGGCCAAGCCAAUAAGGUGAUGAUUUAUCGUUUCGUCACCCGCAACUCUGUGGAGGAAAGAGUGACCCAAGUAGCCAAACGCAAAAUGAUGUUGACCCAUUUGGUUGUAAGACCUGGUAUGGGCGGCAAAGGUGCAAAUUUCACCAAACAAGAACUGGACGACAUUCUGCGCUUCGGUACCGAAGACCUCUUCAAGGAAGAUGACAAGGAGGAAGCAAUCCAUUACGAUGAUAAAGCUGUUGCUGAAUUGUUGGAUCGUUCCAAUAAAGGCAUAGAAGAAAAAGAAUCGUGGGCCAAUGAAUAUCUGUCUUCCUUUAAGGUGGCUUCGUAUGCCACCAAGGAAGAAGAGGAGGAGGAAGAAACGGAAAUCAUUAAACAAGAGGCGGAAAAUUCGGAUCCUGCAUAUUGGGUUAAACUUUUGCGUCAUCAUUACGAACAGCACCAAGAAGAUGUGUCUCGCACUCUGGGUAAGGGCAAACGUGUGCGUAAGCAAGUUAAUUAUACCGACGGUGGCGUUGUGCCGGCUGAGUCUACGCGCGACGAUAAUAACUGGCAAGACAACAACUCCGAGUAUAAUUCAGAUUAUUCAGCGGGCUCCGAGGAGGAUGGUGGAGAUGACGACUUCGAUGAGCAAAAUGGAGCCGAAGGUGGCCGCAAAGCCCGUAGACGUGUGGAACGCAGGGACGAUCGUCCAUUGGCACCACUUUUGGCCCGUGUGGGUGGUAAUAUCGAAGUCUUUGGUUUCAAUUCGAGGCAAAGGAAGAGUUUCCUCAAUGCUAUAAUGCGUUAUGGUAUGCCACCGCAAGAUGCUUUUAAUUCCCAAUGGUUGGUACGUGAUUUACGUGGUAAAUCGGAGAGAAACUUCAAAGCCUAUGUUUCACUCUUUAUGAGACAUUUAUGCGAGCCGGGUGCCGAUAAUGCAGAAACAUUUGCCGACGGCGUUCCUCGAGAGGGCUUAUCAAGGCAGCACGUCUUGACCCGAAUCGGAGUUAUGUCUUUGAUACGCAAAAAAGUUCAAGAGUUUGAGCACAUCAACGGCUACUACAGUAUGCCCGAAUUGAUAUUGAAACCUUGUGAACCAGUUAAAAGUAACAUUAAGGAAGAUUCAGAUUUGGCUACAGGAGGUGGCGUAAAUAAACCAGAAGAUAAAAGCGCAACCACCAGCACAAGUGCAACACCCGCAACAAGUGCUGCUCCUAGUCCUGCUCCAGUAGAAAAAUCUGAGGAGAAGUCCGUCUCUGAAGACAUCAAGAAAGAUUCCACGGAAAAUGAAGAAAAGAAAACAAUCGAGGAUGGCGAAAAGAAAGAAGAAAAGUUAGAUGUCUCGUGCGAAACUACUUCAGACUCCCUUAAGAAAGAGCAAGGCGAAAAAGAAAAGGAAGCCGAAAACAAAACACCAAAAGACGAAACCCCCGAGUCUGCGACUCUCAAGAAAGAGCAUUCAGAUGGUGGCGACAUCAAGGAAGAAAAGAAGGGCGAUGAUGCCAAGAGCGAGGAUUUAAAACCUAAAGAUGAAACUAUAAACAAAACUGAAAUUAUCGAUGAUGAUGAUGAUGAUGUUCUCAUUAUUAAAGACGAUGGUGAAGUAGAAAAGCCAAACACUUCUCAAAAUGCAAAUAAAUCUUUGGCCCUCUUGGAUAAUAAGGACUCUAAGGAGAAUAUAAACAAACCGAAAAUCGAAGAGAGCUUAGAAGUAUUAAAACGUAAGUUUAUGUUCAACAUUGCCGAUGGCGGUUUUACUGAGCUUCAUACCCUAUGGCUUAAUGAGGAGAAGGCUGCAGUGCCCGGACGCGAAUAUGAGAUAUGGCAUCGCCGUCACGACUAUUGGCUUUUAGCCGGCAUUGUCACACACGGCUACGGACGUUGGCAGGAUAUACAAAACGACAUACGCUUCGCUAUCAUAAAUGAACCAUUCAAAAUGGAUGUUGGCAAGGGAAAUUUCUUAGAAAUUAAAAAUAAAUUCUUAGCCAGGCGAUUUAAGCUACUCGAACAAUCUCUAGUAAUUGAAGAACAACUAAGGAGGGCUGCUUUCUUAAAUCUUGCCCAAGAUCCCACACAUCCGGCGAUGUCAUUGAAUGCCCGUUUUGCCGAAGUCGAAUGUUUGGCUGAAUCACAUCAACAUUUGAGCAAGGAAUCAUUGGCUGGGAAUAAACCCGCCAAUGCUGUACUCCACAAAGUACUGAAUCAAUUGGAAGAAUUGCUAUCCGAUAUGAAGAGCGACGUUUCAAGAUUGCCAGCGACUUUGGCACGUAUACCACCCGUUGCCCAAAGGCUACAGAUGUCGGAAAGAUCGAUUUUAUCACGUUUGGCGGCAACAGCAGGCAAUGCCAACAAUGCAGCUCAGUUGAUGGCCCAAUUUCCAGCUGGCUUUCAAGGCACUGCAUUACCUGCAUUUUCAGGCGGACCAGCUGGUAACUUCCACACAUUCCGGCCACAGUUUUCUGUACCCGGUCAACUAUCAGCCAACAAUGCGUCGAAUAUUGGUGGAAACUAAUUUAUUAUCUUUUAAUAAAUAUAUAUUAAAUACCUACUUAUAUACAUAUAUAUUUGCUUGCGACGAAAUAAAUUUUACUAAAUAUUACAAUUCA